AGGCAAACACUUCCUUCUCCCCGCUCGGAGGAUGCUGACGAGCGCGCGCGUUUCUGCGCUCCUUUCGCGGCGCUGCCACCCGCGGGCAGACGUCUGAAGCACUUCCACCCGGUCGUCGGAUGCUUCCCACCGGGAGACAUGAGUCUCCUCGUUGUGGCGACUUUGUUGGGACUCUCGGUGCUCGCAGGAGACGCCCUUCAGAUCCAGUGCUACCAGUGCGAGGAGAUGAAGCACAACGACUGCUCCACGCCCGAGUAUAUUGUCAACUGCACCGUCAAUGUGCAGGACAUGUGCCAGAAGGAGGUGCUGGUCAGAUCUGAUGGGAUUCAUUACCGGAAGUCAUGCGCGUCCUCCGGGGCGUGUCUCAUCGCCUCCUCUGGCUACCAGCAGUUCUGCACCGGGAGGCUGAACUCCGUCUGCAUUUACUGCUGCAACACACCGCUCUGCAACGGUCCCAGGAAAAAGCGGCCUGUUCCCUCUGCGGCCAGGCCCCACCCACAGACGAGUGUCGUUCUUGCCCUCCUCACGCCGUUGCUGUCUCUGAUAUAGACGCCUCAUCUCCUGCUCUCCACAUGUUGUUUGGUCUCAACCAGUUGGAAGAGAGUGGACGUUUUUUGGAGCAAAGCACCCUUUCUUGACUACUUUCUGCUCUUGUACCGGAAGCGCAACACCUUUUGUGGGGGGUCUGUGGGGUUUUGGUCUGCUCAUUCCAGUACAGUAGAUCCCCGCUUCACACAGGGGUGAUCUAGGACCGCCACCAGUAAUUGAUACGCCCAUAAAAAAGUCUAUUUUAGACACACGGUUGGCUCCUCCCCCUCCAAAACCUCCUUUGCUUGACAUUGGCGUUGUCCCAGGAUUUGGGAUUUGCAAUAGAAGGGACUGUUGUACCUGUUGGAUUAGAUUCAGAUCCAGAAGCCCCGCCUUCUCUCUUCAACGUCAGAGCCCAUAAUGACCUCCCCAUGCUUGAUUGAAAUGGCCGGCGGUUGAUAUUCCACCGACCAUUAUCAGUUUCUCUAGUAUUUCAAAUCGGGGCUGGGGGCAUGACAGGACGUAAUGAGGAACACUGCUUGACAACAACUUAAUCAAUAAAAAUAGAUGUGAUGUGACACGUAUCAGUAUCUGUUGAUCGGAAGGUGAGAGUUGGUCAAUAUCUGUUAUCGGCAAAAAAGCCAAUAUCGAACAUCCCGAAUAUAUUUCAGGAACAAAAAUGCAUGGUUAUAUCAGUGAAAAAGAAUAUGAUUAGGAUGUUUUGUUUCCUCUAUUUAACUGAGAGGUGUCACCCCGCUCAAAUGAGGCUGAACUGCGAGAGCAAGUUCAUCAUGGCCGCCACCACGAACUAGAAAUGUCAGGUUUGUAAAUUUACCAUCCGCUUUGAAAAAGGGAAGUAUUCCUAGUAUCCAUUACUCGUAAUUUUCACUAUUUGUUGGUGGUCCCGGACUGUAAGCUCAGCGAAAAGCAGAUCUUCCAAAUGAUCUCGUCCGUGGGGCCUCCACCUCCAUUCAUAAAGACAUACAGUAAACAUGUCAAAUAGGACCUGGUUUAGCACAUAUUUAUGAGUUAUUAGCAAGUUAUGGUGAAUGAGAUGUGUUUAAAGUGGAAAAAUGCAAAUAACACAUUUAUGAUGAAAACUCAGAGAGAGGGCAUUGAAAGCUGAGUGUGGGGGGGGGGGCACUGAUACCCUAGGCCUUAAUAGCUGCUUCUAUCAGUUGUUGUGUCAGCGUAAUAACUUUUUUCACAAACGUUCAUCAUCUUCAUCAUCACGUGCUCAUGCAGAACUGACAACGAGACACUGGAAAAGCAUUAAGAGGACUCACUGCUACCUUGCAGUCAACGAGUGGCGAGAACAUAAGGACCAUAAGCACAAACCAACUCUCACUUGAGAGCUGCUUCAGGGUGUAAUUAGAAAGAUUAGUGCAUGAUGCCAUGUUGUGAUGCCAUGUUGCAUAACACAGCGGGAUCUCUUGAUGUCGACGCCGCGUGAUGACGUAUACUGACGUCCCCACAGACUGGCUGUCGACAUAAACGGACCCAUUUCCACUGCAUUACACAGUAAAUGCUUUCCACGACUCCGUCAUACGCUGUCUGUGUUCCCUCAGUAUGUUGGCUAAUAAAUCCUUCAUGUUAUGAUAUAAUAAGUCAAAGUGUUGUGCUGAUAUGGGAUGGAAAUAAAUAUUGCAUUGACUCGGCACCGAGUGUUUUAUGGCAUUUGCAUGCCACUUCUUAAUUACCACUUCCAGGGGUAAGUCAUGAAUCUACCAGAAGAAAGUCAGAAGGAAAACGUUGGACUAUGAGGACAAAUACAUUCAUUUAUGAGAA